AUUCUGGUUUAUAAUCUGGGCCGACGUUAUAUAUACAAUAAACAUUUAAUUAGUAUCAAACAUCAGAAACAAAAAGAAACGCAUAUAUGUAUGUUGAGAUAUGAGUUCUGGAAUAACGGAAUUUGCACUCGGAAAAGGUCAAGCAUGUCCACCAUUAAAGCCGGGAGUUUUACGGCUAUACAGUAUGAGAUUUUGUCCCUAUGCUCAACGUACACGUCUUGUACUGGAACAUAAACAGAUUCCCGUAGAAACCGUAAAUGUGAAUCUUAAGAAGAAGCCAGAAUGGCUAUUUGAAAUGAAUCCUACGGGAGUAGUUCCUGUUUUACAGUGGGGUGAUCACGUGAUUUACGAAUCAGCAACAUGCAAUGAUUAUCUUGAUGAAGUGUAUCCUCAAAAUAAACUUAAUCCUACAGACCCAUAUCAACGAGCAAGAGAUCGACAACUUUGGGAAUCUAUGGGAAAGUUGAUAGGCUCGUUUUAUGACGUGGGUCCUGGAAUACGGAACAACGAUAGAACGGCUUUAAACAGAAUGUUAAGAGCUUUUACCAGAUACGAAAAGGAACUGGUCUCCAGAGGAGAUGGCCCUUUCUUUGGAGGAAAGAAAGUAUGUAUGGCGGAUUUCAUGUUGUGGCCAUGGUUUGAAAGACUUUCAGUGCUAAAUGCUCUUGUUCCAGAAACAACUAUCACGGAUUCAAAUUUCCCGCAUCUUUCGUCAUGGAUGCGUCACAUGUAUGAACUUCCAGCUGUGAAAAAGACAAUGUUUGACAGAGAACACCAUGCACAUUUCAUGAAAACAUUGAAAAUUGACAAAAAUCCCGACUAUGAUUAUGGGCUUGUAAAAGCGUCGCGGUUAUGAACAAUGUACUGUUAGAAUUUUUUCAACGUCACAAAUGCUAGUUAAAUUCAGAUUUAUUUUUAUCCAUAACUGUUCAUAUACAUUCUAUAUGAUUACUUGAAAGAAAACUUGAUGUCCAAAGAUAAACUCUGUUUCAACACAAAUGUGAUUAUUGAUGUGCGUUCCGAAGAGGCAACAUACAUUGUAGCAAUGCACGAUUUUAUGUUUGUUUUAAAAUUAUUUUAUAAUUUAUUUACACUAAUGCGAAGUUGUAUUCUGCUAGUUAAUUAUGACAUGACAUAAUUUAUUGCUCCUAUGUUUUGUGAACCUGAUACGACUGUAUAGUAUUGAAAAUAUUGAUAUAUAAAUCAACUAAAAAAACUUUUAAAAAAUCAACAAUAUGACAAAUGCGAAUGAAAACAACAAUCGUAACUUUUCGGCCCUUUCCGUCAGUUAUUAUCGGUAAUUUCCGAGACGUUCGGAUUGUGAAAACAAUAGAAGGUUAAUGGACCUUUUUUCAUGUAUUUAAUAUUGCAAAAGAACAAGGACGCAUUUACUGCCCCGCAACGCAGGACGAAUAAUUUAAUAAGACAAAUGACAUUGCAACAAAAUAUACGUCUUUUUCGGUAAUUGCGUUAUUCGUUAUCUGGUUUUCGUAUAAAGAAACUAGCUAGGUCAUGCUUUUCACGUGCAGUGAGACGUCAUCUCACAAUUCUGUUUUCUAAUGAAACUACCGGGGUCGUCAUUGAAGUAAGCUAUUUUCUCUUGGCGUCUUAAGUCAUCCAUAUUUAACAACGGCUCGGGCUUUCAUGAUUUUCUAGUCUUUUCAUGACAUUUUGAUAAAUCAUAUGGUCCCAGGUCAUUUAAUUAAAUAGAAUAUUGUAUUUAAACCACCCUGCAUGCUCAAUGGCAAUGCAUUAUAAAGUAGGAAAUUUUGACUGUCAAUACCAUUUUUGUGUCGCCUCUACGGAGUCUGUAGCUCAAGCCCUUACGCAUAUUGCACGGGUUUUCCGGUUGAAUGAUUUUUGGCCGAGUUAUGGCCUUUGAUAAAAAUGUGUUUUUUUUCUGUGUGUUGCUAGAUACACAAAAGCUUGUACGGACUACUCCUCAUAAACUACUGGUGCAAUUUUAUCCAAACUUUACAGGAAUGAUCCGUACCUAGUCUAGUUGUGCACUGUCCGUCUGUCUGUCCGUCUGUCACAAAACUUGUCCCAACAUGAAAUUGGCCAUCAUGAGGCGACACAUGUGAUCACUGAUCGCUCUUGUUUAAAACUUCUUGUAGAUCUACUUGGUUUAAAGUGGGACCAUUUUUUAAAUGUUCUUAUUUAAGUUAUUUGUGUUUUUCAACCAGAAAUAAGCAUUAGUUAUUUCAUUCUUUUUAUAUAUUUCAUAAUGAAUAUUAUUGAAUAUUUAUAUUGUUAACUCUGAUAAUUACAUUAUGCCAGCAUGCCCAUGAUAGAAAAAUAAAUGUAUUUAUAAAAACCUU